AUGUAAGGAAACAAUGCAACUGAAAAAAAGGUAAUAGAGUUAAAAGAAGUAUCUCUAAACCAGGAACAGAUCGGAUCAAUAUUGAAAUAAUAAUAAAAAGAUUUUAGACAAUAUAGCGUUGAUAAAAGGAAGUCUCUAAUAUUAUAAAGAAUUGAAGAUAUUAAGAAGGACAGAAUGCUUAAAUCUGAUGGAACAGUGCAUCAUUCUGAAGAUUUUAGAAAAGCAAACAAAGCACUAGAAUAUUUCUAACCUGAAUUCCCAAUCCUUAAAUUUCCCGAAGACACUGUGUUAAACACUUAUGAUAAAACUAAAAGAUGGCUGAAAGAAUUCGAUUUCCCUAAUAAAAAAUAAUAUUGGCAAGAGUUUAAAAAGAGAGACUUUAAACAUUAUCCAGGAUAGCCUUUUAGUUAUGCACCAGGAGUUCCUACCUAUUUUGAGGAAUUCAAGGCGUACCAUUACAUAGAACAUGAAGAAUCUUAAGUUGAAAAAUAUCAACGACUCUAAUAGAAAAAAGUAUUAUAUGUUUAACCAACAAAAGUAGUUGGAGGUGAAUUUAGUAGACCCAUUUUUGAUAGGACUCAUGUCCAUUGCAAUAUCUACCUAAUCCUAUUUCAGCAGAUUCAACAGACUAUAGAUAGUUAAGUAGAUAAUCAAUAAAAUCUAAAUUGA